AAGCAAAGUGGCGCCACUUUUAAGCACUUCUGCGGCGGAUCUGUUGUCAACCAGCGAUGGAUACUGACGGCCGGCCACUGUUUCAAUGGACUCAAGCAUUCAUACAAGAAGGUCAGAGCGAAAGUAGGCGCAACCCAUUGGGACACCGACGCCGGCGCUGUCUACGAGUUGGCCAAAGUGGUCGUCCACGAGAACUACCAGUCCUUCAACUACAACAACGACAUAGCGCUCAUUAAACUCAAACAGCCGGUUAAGUUCAAGAGCGAGGGCGAGCACCGUCUGGUGAACACCAUGUGUAUGCCCUCACCCGGCAGCCAACCGCCCACGCGGGCCAGUGUCUACGGGUGGGGCCUACUGAGCACGUACGGGUCGAUCAGCUCGCAGCUCAUGAAAGUAAUACUCGACAAAUACGACACAUCCGACUGUAACGACGUUUACCACCAAUUUGUGGGCAAAUUCACGCCUCAAAUGAUGUGCUACGCGAUGGCCGGUAAAGACGCCUGUCAGGGCGACUCCGGCGGAGCCCUGUCCACCAAUAUUGAUGGGAAAGAGAUUCAGUUCGGUAUCGUGUCGUUCGGCCAGGGAUGUAGUCUGGAGAACCACCCCGGGAUAUACACCAAUGUCGUACUGUAUAUGGACUGGAUUAAUAAGAUUAUUACCAGUGAUAAACAGGUUUAA